AGUGAAGACAAAGCAGUAGACCUUUGACCUUGUGAUCACAGUCACCUCACGGCUCACGUGCAUCACAUCACACCCUACUAUAUUGAAAGACUGGGCCAUACUGUCUACCCACGCACGGGCACGUUGGAUGAUGUACUUGCUGUUUGCAGCGAUCGCAACUCUGUCUCUAUCGCACACGGCCACUGCGAGCUGUUGCACACCAUACAGCUACCAGCUAUCAGGCACCGGAUGGCUAGGGCAGAUCUAUCAUGUCUACCCUCAACUUUUUGCAUUGGACGACUUCAUGGUAGCCUACGACAUCAAAUCUGAGAGAGGCUUAGUCAAUAUGACAAUUAGAGACGUAACAACCGGUCAAACAAACGUAGAAACAACCUACAUUGACAAGAAAGAGAAAAAGGAAUACGUGGUCAUUAACAACAAGAUUUGCGUUGAAAUACCAGAAACUGGACGAGGAGUGGGCAACUGUUUGCCACCUGAUGCUAAGGUUGUGGCCAAGAUUUCAAUUCUCGGCCAAGUCAACUGCUCGAUUUUUACAUUUUCGACGUCGAGCGAUUCCGGCUCGAUGGACUAUCUGGGUCUGACUGCCGUGAUUGUGUCCGAAAAGUGUGUUCCAAUGGCUGCUGCCACUCUGUUCCGACAAGAAAACACAACCGCGGGGGUAGCGUCCGAGAUAGACGGUGCUAACGUGGUGCUGUACUAUGACGCCGAGGUGCUAAAGAACACUGACAUUUUAACACCCCCCAAACUAUGCUCGAAAGCAGUGAGUCUUGAGACAUCUGGAAUUUCUAGAGAUAAUCUCGUAUUUAUGCAGCUGAUGGAGGGAGUCGAGUCAUUUGAUGUCUUUACCAUCCUCAACCGUCUUACUCGGAUGUCUUCAGCUAACGAAAACAAGUCUGAUUGAGUUGAGAAACGGUGCAUUUCGUCAGAGAUUUGCUUUUGCUGAUUUCAUUGUACGCUCAUUUUGCUGGCUAGUGAGUUUCUUUGCCCUUGUGUUGAUCGAAGAUAGGUAAUUGAUCAUUUCAAUAACCACAAGACGUAAACUCUACACACAGUA